AUGGAUUAUGAGAAAACUAUUCAACACAUUUCGAACCAACAGUCAGCCCCAGCGCCACUUGUCGGAGUAUUCAGGCGAUUCCUAUCUGUACAAGAAACGGCUCAAAUUAUUAAACAAUUCCAAUCAGAAAAUUGGAUCCCGGAUGGCCAAGUCCUCUGGAGUGGCAUGCUUCGCGAAAAGGCCCAAGAAUGGGCUGAUAGGCAUCGACUUCAAACGUUGACCACAGCAAUGGGGCCACUCAUGGAUGAAAAACACCCAGACUGUUUAAAAUUGAAAAAGAAUAACCGACAAUGGAGUAGAUAUGUUCAUGGUGCUUCCGCUAUAUUUGCUUGGCGGAUAGCUCAGGGCGAAAAGGUUAUACUGCUUUCACCUCCACCACCAAAGCGAUUUCAUCCGUCAGGUCUGUCCUAUUACCAACUCAUCGAAGAGCCCAUAAUCCGGGGCUUACUCAAUCAAAAUUCCGUUCAAAAAAUCAUUACAACCCAUCCUAUGAUUGAGGAAAGCGAAGAUGAAGAGUUUUAUUAUGAGCUCUGGCCAAAUGACAAAAGCGAGAAAUGGGUGGAACGAUUCGGAUCGAGACCCUACAACGUAAAAUGGAGACAAGUAGGACACAGCAACGAUAUAACGGAACUGAGAAGCUUAAUGACUUCCAGUGAAUGGCACGUCUUUUCGUCUGAGCAGUCCAAGCAUCUUGAAAAACAAAAGGCUGGGUUUAUCAAACCCACGUUUAGUAUUUUACUACUAUCAAUAUUUCUGCUUCUUCAGAACAAAUUAUCGAUACUCAUAUUAUUUGGUUUAUUAUAUUCGCUUUUCGACAAAAUAGGAGGGACAAAUAAUGCGACAAGUGGAGAGAAAAGAAUCAUUCAAACAGCUGAGUCUACUUCAAAUGUGAUCCCAUUUAAAGACAUCAACACUGAACAGGACACUUUUAAGAGGCUCGGGGAUGAAAUAAAAGCAAAAAGAAAAGCCAUCGAUAAGGCACAUCAGAAGGCCAUAAAGAAACUAAAGAAUGAAGCAAAAGCAAAAAGAAAAGCUUGCAAUAAGGCACAGAAGGAGGCGGCAAGGAAACUCAAGGAUGAAGCCAAAGCAGAAAAAAAAGCCUGCAAUAAGGCAGAGAGGAAGGCUGUAAAGAAGCUCAAAAAUGAGGAGAAAGCAAAACGAAAAACCCUCGAGAAAUCACAGAAAGAGGCCGCAAAAAGGCUAAGGAAUGAAGAGAAAGCGAAAAGAAAAGCCCUGGUCAAGGCAUACCAAAAUACCAUGAAAAAAAUCAAGGAUGAGGAAACAGAAGAGCUUUCAAGGCACAGCAGGAGGGUGUAA